AAAAAAUAUAAAUAGAAACUGUACUUAAUAUAUUUGUAUUCAUUUCCAACACUGUCGUUACCAAUGUAUAUGGUUUACGCCAUUUUGCUGCUUUUCUUUGCAGGGCAAACUCAACAAUCACUGAACUUGCUGGCAAAGAUUAGAAACAUAAGAUCUGGAAAAUUCUUAGGAGUUAAUACAACAAAAAGUGGAAGUAAUCUAGUGUAUGCGGACGAUGGAUUACAAUAUUAUGAUUGGAUACUUGAACCUAAUUGUCAUUCAGAUUCCAAAAAGCCAUCCUACCGUGUGCGCCUAGCAGACAAAGUAAACUUCAGAUGGGAUCACAGAAGCGGCUGCAGCCAUAAAGAUACUGACUUGGUCAUUUACAACCAAGGGUCGGGAACAGCCUUUAACAACUACUUUGUCUACGAUUCAGAACUUCGCACUAUCCAAGUCUGUAAAGACAACUGUAUUUUUGUCGAACCCACUACCAAACAAGUUAAAUCGUCCCAGGAAUGUAGCACAAAAAAGUGCGCCCAAAACAAAUUUGACAUUUUAUUUCAGGAUCUUAAAGAACCUACAUCGACUUCAAGCUUAAAUUUAGAUUGUUUCGAAUAAUAUAAUUACAUAAUAUACAAUGAAAUAAGAGAA